GAGACCCAUUACCAAACCGGUCCCGAAAACACAUCUGCUGUUCCAUGAAAACGGACCAGUCACGUUCUUACCGGAUAUAUUAUCCCUGAGUUGUCCUUUGGGCGCACAAGUAAGGUGAUUGUGAAGGAGAAAAAUCUGGAUUUGACUCCGAUUUCUGUCAGAGGAAAACUCAGGAGGAUUUAAUACUGUUUCACUUCUGUGGAGAGGAAAGAUUCUCCGCUGAUGCUGGCGAAAAGAGAAAAUAUAAAGACGACACAAACCGAAGAGGCACUAAAGAGUCUCACUAAAUGAUAGCGUGAGCGUGCAGUUGUCCGUCAGGAGUUUAGGGAACCCCUGCGGUGAGUGCCAAGCAAAAAUCAUGGUGCCACAUACUCGACAGGCCUCUCGUCAUGGCAGUGCCACAUCACUCCUGCUGGUGCUAUGCCUGGCAGUGCCAAUCCAUGCAGACAGCAUGCCCAGUUUUAUUAAGUCUCCUGAAGAUCAGACAGGAAUCUCUGGAGGGGUGGCAUCUUUCGUUUGCCAGGCGGUCGGGGAGCCUAAACCACGCAUUACCUGGAUGAAGAAGGGCAAGAAAGUCAGCUCGCAACGCUUUGAGGUGAUAGUGUUUGAUGACGGCUCAGGCUCAGUGUUAAGGAUUCAGCCAUUACGGACACAUCGAGAUGAGGCCAUUUACGAAUGCACGGCAACCAACAGCAUGGGUGAAAUCAACACCAGCGCUAAACUCACUGUACUGGAAGAGGAUCAGAUUCCUCACGGGUUCCCGACCAUAGACAUGGGCCCACAGCUGAAGGUGGUGGAACGGACACGCACGGCCACAAUGCUUUGCGCCGCCAGCGGGAACCCCGACCCGGAGAUCUCCUGGUUCAAAGACUUCCUGCCUGUUGACAUAAAUAGCAGCAAUGGCAGAAUCAAGCAACUCCGCUCAGGUGGUACACCAAUCAGAGGGGCACUGCAGAUCGAGAACAGUGAGGAAUCGGAUCAGGGAAAGUAUGAGUGUGUGGCGGUGAACAGUGCGGGAACGCGGUACUCGGCACCGGCCAACCUUUACGUCAGAGUCCGGCGAGUUCCGCCACGUUUCUCAAUCCCUCCAACCAAUCACGAGGUGAUGCCAGGCGGCAGUGUUAACCUCACCUGUGUGGCAGUGGGUGCCCCAAUGCCCUAUGUCAAGUGGAUGAAAGGAGAAAUGGAAUUAACCAAGGAAGAGGAGAUGCCAGUUGGCCGAAACGUGUUGGAGCUGAUCAACAUCCGCCAAACGGCAAACUACACCUGUGUGGCUAUUUCCUCUUUGGGCAUGAUCGACACCACAGCUCAGAUCACAGUCAAAGCUUUGCCCCGCUCUCCCACUUCUUUGAUCGUCACGGAAACCACUGCCACCAGCGUGACUCUAACGUGGGAUUCCGGUAACCCUGAACCCGUAUCAUACUAUGUGAUUCAGUACCGGGCCAAAGUCUCAGACAACGGUUUCCAGGAGGUUGAUGGAGUGGCCUCCACUCGCUACAGCAUCGGCGGCUUGAGUCCUUUCUCUGAGUACGAAUUCAGAGUCAUGGCAGUCAAUAACAUUGGCCGCGGGCCGGCCAGCGGUACUGUGGAGACACGGACCAGCGAACAGGCCCCCUCGUCUCCUCCUUUACGGGUUCAGGCACGGAUGCUGAGCGCCACCACCAUGUUGGUCCAGUGGGAACCUCCAGAGGAGCCCAACGGACAGAUACGAGGAUAUCGAGUAUACUACACGUCUGAUCUGCACUUGCCGCUCAGCACCUGGCAAAAACACAACACAGAGGACAGCAGCCUGACCACCAUCUCUGGCCUAGUGCCGGACAUCACAUAUGGCCUCCGCGUGCUGGCCUUCACAUCUGUAGGAGAUGGCCCACCAUCAGAUGUUCUGCAGGUUAAAACACAGCAAGGAGUCCCGGCCCAGCCAACCAGUUUUGAAGCAGAGGCAGAACUUGACACUCAGAUCAUGCUGUCAUGGCUGUGGCCCGUCCCAGAUCAGAUCAUCAAAUAUGAGCUCACAUACUGGGAGGCCGACUCUGAAAACAAGCACCAGGUGAUCUUUAACCCGGCUGGUUCUUACGCGGUUGAAGGCCUGAAGCCAGACACGCUGUACAAGUUCUCUCUGGCUGCUCGCUCUGAGAUGGGACUCGGGGUGUACACACUGCCCAUCGAGGCCCGGACAGCCCAGUCCACCCCGUCUGCGCCCCCACAGGAAGUGCACCUGAUCAGUCUCAGCUCCACCAGCAUUAAGGUGAGUUGGGCUGCUCCUCCGGCCGCUAGUCGGCACGGCAACAUCGUCGGGUACUCUCUGGCCUAUCAGGCAGUUUCGGGUGAGGAACAGCAGCGGCACGUGGUGAAGGACAUUCCCGCGGAUGUGUCCAGCUAUGUGCUGGAGGGGUUGGAGAAGUGGACGGAGUAUGUGGUGUGGGUCAAAGCACACACCAACGUGGGUCCCGGUCCAGAGAGCAGCAGCACCCGCAUCAGAACCAGAGAGGACGUGCCUGGUGCCCCUCCACGCAGGGUUGAGGUGGACAACGUGAACUCCACGGCCCUGCGGGUGUCAUGGAAACCUCCUCUGCAGCAGAAGCAGCACGGACAGAUCCGCGGCUAUCAGGUGGUGUAUUCACGGCUGGAGAACGGAGAGCCACGUGGGCAGCCCAGCAUCCUGGAUGUGGCCCUGCCCGAGGCACAGGAGGCCUUCAUCACCGGUCUGUUGCCUGAAACAACAUAUUCUGUUACUGUGGCAGCGUACACCACUAAAGGAGAUGGAGCAAGAAGCAAGUCCAAAGUGGUGACCACGACAGGAGCAGUGCCAGGCAAGCCCACCAUGAUCAUCAGCACCACUAUUGGAAACACAGCUCUGAUUCAGUGGCAGCCCCCAAAAGAGAUGGUGGGUGAGCUGAUGGGCUACAGACUGCGGUACAAGCGUGAAGAAGAGGAGACCUACACCACCCGCGACUUCAGACGCAUCGACGACCACUUCACCGUCACUGGCUUGCACAAGGGCGCCACCUACAUCUUCAAGCUCUGCGCAAAGAACCGAGCAGGAAAUGGAGAGGAGUACACCAAAGAGAUCAGCACCCCUGAUGAUGUCCCCAGCAGCUACCCCCAGAAUCUUAGAGUGGUAGGGCUCACGACCACCACCACCAAACUGGCGUGGGACCCCCCACCUUUACCGGAGAGGAACGGGAAAAUUAUACGAUACGUGGUGGUGUACCGCGACAUCAACAGCCAUCAGAACCUGACAAACGGUACCGCGGAGACGCAAAUGACCAUUCAUGGGCUGCAGCCGGACACCACCUAUGACAUCAGAGUGAGAGCAUUUACGGGGAAGGGAGGGGGUCCGAUUAGCCCCAGCAUCCAGAGCAGAACCAUGUCUACCUCCAUGCCUGAGUUCACCAAAAACUUUGGUGUGAAAGCUGUCAUGAAGACCUCUGUCCUGCUCACGUGGGAGGUGCCAGAAACAUACAUGUCUCAAGUACCUUUCAAGAUCCUGUAUAAUCAGCAGAGUGUGGAGGUGCAGGGCAAUCUGAAGAGGAAGUUGAUCACGCGGCUGCAGCCAGACACGGAUUAUUCUUUUGUGUUGAUGAGUCGAGGAAACAGUGCCGGCGGACUACAGCAGCAAGUGUCCAUCCGCACCGCCCCAGACCUGUUUACCACCAAACCAUACCACUACAAACACGACCCAGAGGAGGGUGGCAAACUCACCAUCACACUACCCAAAGUGCAAAACAGCGCCCUCGUCAGGUGGUUUUACAUAGUGGUGGUGCCAGUUACUACAUCCACUCUACGCCUUUGGGAGAGCCCAGAGGAUAUGGAUCUAGAUGAGCUUUUGGAGGGUAGCAGAGACUCAGACGUGAGGAGGAAGAGGCAAGCUCAGGACUUACUGCUACCGUACAUCGCUGCCAAGUUGGAGUAUCUUCCAGAGACCUUUGUGUUAGGAGAUGAGAAAACCUACAAUGGUUUCUUCAACAAACCUCUUCCUGGCCAGCAGCAGUAUCUCACAUUUACACUGGCAGCACUGAAAGACCGGGACUCAAUGUUUACAGUGAGUCCAUACUCUGAUCCCAUGUUGGUGAAGCUCCACAGUGGGAUGUCCCGUCAUGUGGAAGACCCAGAGAUGCUGUGGGUGAUGGGACCCGUGCUGGCUGUCGUCCUGAUCAUCAUCAUCGUCAUCGCCAUCCUGCUCUUCAAGAGGAAGCGCACCUCUCCCUCAGCAAAAGAUGAGCACUCAGCUGGAGUUAAAGAUCACUUACUGGCCAAUUCCUCCGACCCAGUGGAAAUGAGGAGACUCAACUAUCAGACACAAGGUACAAGUGCCUUCAGCUGCCCCAACACUACAAGAAUGCGGGAACACCCUCCAGUUUCCGUCUGUGCUUUGGCUGACCACAUCGAGCGGCUAAAAGCCAAUGAUGGCCUGCUUUUCUCACAAGAAUAUGAGUCUAUUGACCCUGGUCAACAGUUCACCUGGGAGAACUCCAACUUAGAGGUCAACAAGCCCAAGAACCGCUAUGCAAACGUCAUUGCCUACGACCACUCCAGAGUCGUGUUGACACCUGUUGAUGGUGUACCCGGAAGUGACUACAUCAAUGCCAACUACAUUGAUGGCUAUCGCAAGCAGAACGCGUACAUCGCCACUCAGGGUCCUCUGCCCGAGACGCUCAGUGACUUCUGGAGGAUGGUGUGGGAGCAAAGAACGAACACCAUAGUCAUGAUGACCAGACUGGAGGAGAAGAGCAGGGUGAAAUGUGAUCAGUACUGGCCGAGUCGUGGGACGGAAACAUAUGGUAUGAUUCAGGUGUCCAUGCUGGACACAGUGGAGUUAGCCACCUACAGCGUCAGAACAUUCGCCCUGUAUAAGAACGGAUCCAGUGAGAAACGGGAAGUUCGACAGUUCCAGUUCAUGGCCUGGCCAGAUCACGGAGUUCCCGAAUACCCCACACCGAUUUUAGCCUUUCUACGUAGAGUCAAGGCCUGCAACCCAUUAGAUGCAGGACCCAUGGUGGUACACUGCAGUGCUGGUGUAGGUCGGACAGGAUGCUUUAUCGUAAUAGAGGCCAUGCUAGAGCGCAUGAAACACGAGAAGUCUGUGGAUAUCUAUGGUCAUGUGACCUGCAUGCGUGCACAGAGGAACUAUAUGGUGCAGACUGAAGAUCAGUACAUCUUCAUCCAUGAAGCUUUGCUGGAGGCCGCUACCUGCGGGAACACAGAGGUCCCUGCAAGGAGCCUGUACACGCAUAUCCAAAAACUCACGCAGGUCCCACCUGGAGACACCGUCACCGCCAUGGAGCUAGAGUUUAAGAAACUGGCCAACUCUAAAGCACACACAUCCAGAUUCAUCAGUGCCAGUCUGCCAUGCAACAAGUUUAAGAACCGACUGGUGAACAUCAUGCCCUUUGAGUCCAGCCGUGUGUUUUUACAGCCAAUCAGAGGUGUGGAGGGGUCGGACUACAUUAACGCCAGCUUUAUUGAUGGAUACAGGCAGCAGAAGGCGUAUAUAGCCACACAGGGUACUCUCGCCGAAACCACGGAAGACUUCUGGAGGAUGCUGUGGGAGCACAACUCCACUAUUAUAGUGAUGCUGACGAAACUCAGAGAGAUGGGACGGGAGAAGUGUCAUCAGUACUGGCCUGCAGAGAGAUCUGCUAGAUACCAAUAUUUUGUUGUGGACCCCAUGGCUGAAUACAACAUGCCGCAAUACAUCUUACGGGAGUUUAAAGUCACAGACGCCAGGGAUGGCCAGUCCAGAACGAUCCGCCAGUUCCAGUUCACUGAUUGGCCGGAACAAGGCGUGCCAAAGACAGGAGAGGGCUUCAUUGAUUUCAUUGGCCAAGUUCAUAAAACCAAGGAGCAGUUCGGACAGGAUGGACCAAUCACUGUUCACUGCAGUGCUGGUGUGGGCCGAACAGGAGUGUUUAUCACUCUGAGUAUCGUGCUGGAGCGGAUGAGAUAUGAAGGAGUGGUGGACAUGUUCCAGACCAUAAAAACGCUGCGCACACAGAGACCUGCCAUGGUACAGACAGAGGACCAGUACCAGCUGUGUUACCGGGCAGCUCUAGAGUACCUGGGCAGCUUUGAUCACUAUGCAACGUAACCACUCCCAGAAUGCCUCAGAACGCCACCUCCACAGAGCCGCUACUUUUCUCUGAGCCAUAAACAUCCUACCUGUUCAGUCAAUACUGCUGGAGGGAGAAAGAGAGACAGACAGACGGAGAGAAAUGGACAGGGAGAUAAUUCACUCCAUUUGUGUUCUUCUCUCUUAAAACAGCCGCAAACGUUUCAUUCUGGUCCCUAUAUAUGCACAGCUCCUGUCUUUUUACCCUGCUGAGUGUAUUACCUUACCGCUUUUUUAUUAUUACCAUAUCAUUAUGCUCUUCAUGUUCAUGAUUGUCGUCUACAAUUUUCAUAAUCAGUCAUUUUUCCUUUUUUUACUUGUACAAAUAUCUAAAGAUCCUUAAAACUAUAUACAUUUCUUGAGCAGCGAAAUUGUAAAGUAAUGUUUAUUUUUAAUAACAUAUCAUGCAAAUUCUUUUUUUAUUUAAUUAGAUAUUUUAAGCAUAAAUCAAACUAAAUAUAAUGGUUUAUGGGGUAUUGAGGUACAACCCCAAUUCCAAAAAAGUUGGGACAGUAUGAAAAAUACUAAUAAAAACAAAAAGGGGUGAUUUGUUAAAUUAUAUUCAGCCUUUGCUAUAUUGAAAUCACUACAACUACACAUUAUAUGAUGUUCUACUCGGGAAUGACAUUGUGUUUUUUCAAUCAGUUGUUUGCAACAUGCACCAAAAAAGUUGAGACAGGGGCAAUUUAAGACUAGUAACAAUUUGAGAAGUUGAAAUAACAAGGCGACGUCAAACAGGAGAUGUUAAACAGGCAAUCGUGUCAUAGUAAGGAGUCUCCAAAAACAGCCUAGUCCUUCAAGAGCAAGAAUCGUUCAAAUUUGCCAAGUGAUGCUUCAUCAAAUAGUCUGGCACUUUGAGAACAAUGUUCCCAAAAGACAAAUUGGAAGGAUUUUGGGCAUUUCACCCGCUACAGUGGAAAAUAUAGUUAAAAGUUUCAAGGUAUCUGGUCAAAUCUCGGUGCGUAAAGGGCAAGGCAAAAAUCACUUCUGAUUGUGUGUGAUCUCUGAUCCCUCAGACAUCACUGUCUUAAAGAGCAUCAUUCAUCUGCUAUGGAUGUCAUGAACAUGGGCUUGGGAUAACUUUAGUAAACCUUUGUUAGUCAACAUCACUUGCCGCUGUAUCCACAGAUGCAAGUUGAGACUUUACAGUGUAAAGGAGAAGCCGUACAUCAUCACUGUCCAGAAGCGCUGCCGAUAUCUCUGGGCUCGGUCCUAUCUUAGAUGGAAAGUAAAACAGUGUAACUGUGUUUUUUGGUCCAAAGAGUCCAUAUUUCAAAUAUUUUUUUUAAAAACACAGCCGUCGUGUUCUCCUGGCCAAAGAGGAAAAGGACCAUCCAAGCUGUUGUCAGCGUCAGGUCCAAAAGCCAAUGUCUGUAUGGGCCGGGGUGUGUCAGUGCACAUGGCUUGGGUAACUUGCACAUCUAUGAGAACACGAUGAAUGCAGACAGCAACAUAUACUGCCAUCCAGCACCGUCUUUUCCAGGGAUGUCCCAGAAUUUUCAGCAGGACAACUUCAAACCAUAUACUGGCUGAAUAAGCAGAGAGUGCGGGUGCUAGAUUGGCCUGUCUGCAGUCCUGACCAUCUCCAACUGAGAAUGUGUGGCACAUUAUGAAGUGCACCAUAUGGCAACGAAGACCGCUUACAAUUGUGCAGCUGAAGACCUGCAUAAUGGAUGAAUGGGGGAAAAUUCCACUUUUUAAACUUAAACUUGUAUCUUCAGUGCCCAAAUGUUUAAUAAGUGUUAUUAGAAUAAAUGGUGAUGUUUCACAGUGGAAAACGCUCAACUGUCCCAACUUUUUUGGAGUGUGUUGCAAUCAUCUGAUUUGAAAUGACUUCACGUUUAAAAAAAAAAUGAAAUUCACAAGGUAAAACACCAUGUAAUGUUUAGAUGUAGUGCUUUUAAUAUAGCAAAGGUUGAAUAUAAUUUACAAAUCACUCAUUUUUGUUUUUAUUAGCAUUUUUCAUACUGUCCCAACUUUUUCAGAAUUGGGGGUUUUAAGAAAAACAGACACAUUUUGCCUUCAAGUGCACAUGCAAAAUCACGACAUGUCACGUGUUCAUGUGGGAAACAAAAUACAGAAGAAGCCAAACUAAAAUAAAUACCGAAAGAAUGAGUGGAUAAGUGUAAGUAAAUACACCUGCGGUACUUUUACAUGACCUAUAUGUUUUAUCACUGCAUGGUAUCCAGUGUUAGGUAAAUUACUUAAAAAUAAAUAUCAUAAAAAUGAUUACUAAUUAUUGCUUUAAAUUUGUACUCAGAUUACUUUACUAAUUACUUCAUUGAAAAAGUAAUCACACUACUAAUUACUUUACUUUUCAGUUACUGUCUAAAACACUUUUCCACUCAACAAUUGAAAAUAAUGUCUAUAUUUCUUGUUUAUUGUUCUUUCAAGUCAUAAACUCAGCACAUCAUAUUUCUCCACAACGACUCCUUACGGGGAUUUAAUUCCUGUAUUCUACAUAAAUAGUAUAUUAGAAAUAAGCAUAAACCUAUAAUGUACUUAAAAGCAAUUAAAUCAUUGAAAACAGUAACUGUAACCUGAUUACAAGAAUUUAAAAUGUAAUGCACUACACUACUUUUUGAUUAAAAAAAAGUCAUUAGAUUACAGUAACUAAUCACUUUGUAAUUGGAUUGCGCCCAACACUGGUGAUAUUUCACAUAUUAUUAAUUAAUUUGAACAAAACAAACCUCGAACGGUGAGUCUUUAAAUUUAUGUUAGUUGACCAUUAGAUCUGUCAUAUAUAACAAAUCAAUAUUAUAAAAAAAACAAUAGCACUGAAAUUAAAAUACAUUUGCUAAAUAAUUGCUUUCCAUCAUCUUUCAUGAUGACAUGCUUCCAGCGUCUUAGCAAAUCAGGAUCAUCUAGAAUUCUGAGUUUGCAACUGGUAAAUACGGCUUUGCUUGGUCGCUCGGGUGCUUGGAAAUCUUAAUUAUGAUAUUUUUGACUGAGAAGGCCUCAUACAUUUAAGAUGUAUUAGGUAAAUAAGUACAUUUGAUUCUUCUGGCUUGUUUUAAGGAUGUUUAGAUAUUUUCUACUAGAAAACAAGAACAAAUUCUGAUUAAGAAAAUAACUUUUUGCUGUUUUAUUAUUAUUUUUGUAAUAUUAUUAUUGUUGCCAUUUCUGUUGGUAUAUCUGUCAGAAAGUACAAUAUUUGUAUCAUUUAUGCUGAUCAUUGUGUAUCUAAGGGGUUUGUUUUAAUGUUUAUUAUUAUUCUUUUUUGAAAUUUUCCUUUAUGUUCAAUUAUUUUAGCACAUGUGGACAUGUAUUUUCACAUGACCCAAGUUAUUAAUACUAAAAGAGGUGUAUUAAGAGCUGCUGAGGAUUUCUUACUUUUUAUCAUUAUUAUGAUAUUUCAAUGAUCUUUUAUUUUGAUGGUAAAGGGGGAAUCUUUUAUAUAUAUUAAAAAACAAAACUUUUCACCUCCUGAUACUUUAGAAAAACAAUAUAAUCAAAUACAAAGGAUGAAAUGCUUACACCAGAUUUAGCGACCUGAAUGAAUCUGCUGUCGUUAAAGAAAACUGAAUAAACUAAUGAAAUGAGAGAACACAGUCUGCUCGAAAUAGCAGUAAACUGUCAUUAUCUGGAAACUCUCAACACUUGCUGCCACAGCAAAGUCUUUGUUUCAAGCUGGGUCAGCAGAGGUUAAAGGUCAACUCGUACUAACGGCCAGGCCUUGACCUGACAAACUUGCACGCACAUGUACAGCCGUCACGCACGUCCAGUGAACCUCAGAAAUCGCCGUUCAGACUAGCAGCUGAAGUGCUUUGGCUGAUAGUGAAAUGAAAUUACUCAACUCACCAGCUGAGAUUGAAAACAAUCCUGAACUCUCCAUAUGUGGUAUUAACGGACAUCCGAUCAUUUUUCACUGUGGCUCUUGAAGACAAAUCUCCUGUAACGUCACAACUGCAUCAUUGGACUGAAAAUGUGUGCAUACUUGAGCGUUUCUUUUCUCCUAUGGCCUGAGCACAAAGAUGAAAUAUGAGCACAUUGUAAGAAAUCAUUUCACUUUGUGUUCACAAAGAUACAAAACCACAGUAAAUCUGUUGUACAGGCAACAAAUCGGUUGUGUCUGUUUUCUAUUUGUUAAUAAAAAAGGAUAGAAAUAUGUGUUAAUAAAACGCUUAAUUGGGGGUUUGUACAUUGUUAUUGUGGGGCUUUGUAUCGCUGAAUCCUCCUUCCCUUGACACAUUUCCUGGUGAACAGAUGGCUUGUUCCUCUCCGGUGUGUCUGUGCCUCUGCCAGAACCUUAGACUUACCCAGCCAUGCGAGCCAAUACACUAGCCACUGCAGUGUAAUCUGAAGGCCUUCAUUGUUUGGACUGAAUUCUGCUGGUUUUACAUAUUCAUUCUUCUUGGAACACCUGGAAAAAUCAGUCCUGCUGCAAUCAGUUCUACAUAUGGAUAGAAAAGUU